AUGGAAGAAGGACUUCGGAUAGUAAAAGUCCCUGCAACAUUGACUAUGCCCACAGUGGAUAGGAGGGCUCUCAGCAAGCCCGGAAUGACGCGGCUGCGGGAGCCUCAGCGAAAUGCGUUCGCGGAUAGAUGGGAAAAUGCGUGGUCGCGGCUGCCAACCGCACUUCCUACCAACGCUCGCCCAUUCCCGUCUGCGAAUAAAAGCGGCAGACUUGCCGGUUUUUGGCCUGCUACUGGCAGACUGUUUCUCAUGACUAAGCCUGAAGUCUCUUUUGGGCUCAAGGCAACAGCGCCACCUGCAUUACUCCCGUACCACCCGACUGCUGGGUGGGCGUUUCCUAGCAGCGGUGUCGUGUCGGUGGUGCAUUUUGGUCUCAGAGGAAAUAGCUUUCUCGUUGUUGUUGCUAUGGCAUCUGCGGUGAAUUGGCUCGAUUCUCGGGCUUUUUUCGAUCAAGCCAAUUCGGCGCAAUUCGAGCACGUGUUGUCGAGGUACAAGGAAGCCUUGCAGCACAAGUGUGAGACGAAGAGGAAACCCGCCGAGCUUCAGAAACUCGACACUUGGUUCCAAGAAGAACUGCCAAGGAUUCUCGAGACACGAAAGCCAGACAUUUUCUUUACUCACGACGAACUGGUUCAAGCCAUCAAAUGGAAACUCGCUAGAGGAAAAUUCCGCCCCAAGCUGAAGGAACUAGUUCAAAUGAACACCCCCAGGGUUGUGAUGGUGGAGACAAAGAAGGCUUGGCGGCAGUUGACUAAGAAGAAUGUUAAGAGCGCUAUCACAGCUUUGAGUAACCUCAAGGGCGUCGCUGUGCUUAGUGUGAUGGCACCUGAAAAAGUUCCUUUCAUGGCUGAUGAAUGUCUCCUGGCAAUCAAUAAGGGAGAAGCUUUGGAUUACUCCAUGAACGAGUUCAUGCAAUAUUUGGAUAACGUGGAGAAAUUGUGUGAAAGGCUCAAUGCAGAAAAACCCGACUUUUGGACGCCCCACAAAGUCGAGCUUGCCCUCUGGUCGCACUAUAUCUUGUCAGAGAUGAACCCGGAUUCGCUGGACAGUGUCGGGACUCUAACCUCAGGCAAUGCCCUGCUAACGACUGAAGUCACGGAGUCGACCCACGAUGACAAAGAACCCAAGAAAGUGUCAGAAGACGAAGACUCCCGUGGAUCCCACGAAGAGCACAUCGUUUCCUCGGGUGACGAUGAGCUCUCCCGCGACUCGGCCGGGAAGAUGGACAGUCCGAGAGUGACCGAGUGUCACCCUGAAAGCUGCGAUGCGUCCAACGACAGUGGCGUUAAGAUGAUGCAAGAUGUCGCCGCUGCGGAUUCCUGCGACUCAGCUCCGUCCUUCGACGAGCCACAAGCAAAAAAGAUUCGCUUAGAACCGACUCCAGCGACCUCUGACGAGAAAGUUGAAUGAUUGAAGAAAUUAUGUCUCGAGUACGACUGCUGGCAGGAAGAGACACUCUUCUCUCUCUCUUUCAGGCUUAUCGUUUAGAAAGAAAGAAAAAGAGAAGAAAGGUUUCGAAAUGGAAAAAAAAUUUAGGCGAUGUGGGGUUUUAAAUGAGAAAUGAAUUUAAGAAACGAAAAGGAAGAUUUUAAUCGUUCCGUCUUGUCUUCACGACGGUUCGAACCGAGCAAAAAUGGCGGGAGGAAGGAGAAAAAAAAAAAAAGAAGCAUGUUCGGAUCCCAAAGAUGUCAUUUGUUUCGUUCCGUAGACAAUUUUCGCAGUAGGAGGAAAAUAUUUUUUUCUUUUUUUGAUCAUUUACGCUUUGUUUUUCUAAGGGAAAAUGUUCACGGUGUAUAUUUUCAGAAAAGGAAGGAAAAAUAAUAGGCGAGAAUCUUUGUUUUAUCCAUAGGGUAGUUUUGAGGUGGAAGAAAAGAAUAUGCGCUGAAUCGGUUCUUCUCACCAAAAAAACUGAAAACAAAACGUUCCUUCUUUCUUUUUCCUUAUAAGGUGUUGGCAGUAAGAAAAUCGAAGAUUUGAUGUCCCUUCCCUUACUUUUUACUCAGAGUUCAAGCGCUUUUAUUUAUCAAUGAGGCUGCAGAAAAGUUAUGUUCAGAUUUCAUUGUUGUUUUUUUUUUUUUUGCUGGAUUUUUUCCUUCCUCGCGGAAGAUUUUGAGAAUGAGAAAUGAAAGUGACUGAUGGUGUGAAGGAUCUUUUUUUGGUGAAGAUUAUCGUUUGUGACGUGUGAGGGGAAUGGAAGAAAAAGAAAGAAUCAGAUGUUCGCAAAA